AAAGUCAAGGCAACAGACUGGGUGGUUGGGGGCCAUGAAGGCCAAAGAAGUUGUAAAGAUUCCCUUAUACGCAAGGGGAAACAAUAUGAAGUUUUCCUAUUUGAACAGUAGGGGGAGCCUGAACACUGCUUAGGAAAGGCUUAGGAGGUCAGACACGUGGUAGCAAGACUCCUAGUCUUGUUGGGGGUGGGGAAAGGAGAGGGCUGGAACCAGGGCAGUGGACUGACAUUCCUGAGAUCGCUUGGGCAAGAAGAGACUUAAAAAGCUUUUAUAGAGUCUAUAAAUAAAGAGGAUCUUCUUGGGGUGAGGAAUGGUGUGGUUUGAUGUCAGUGAGAUCUUCUCAUGGAGGGUAGGAGGGGUAUAGAGUGAAGAAAGACAGGUUACUUGUUCCUGUGAAAUUAACACCUUUCUAUUGCCUUGAUCUUGCCACAAAUGGUUUUGUCCUUUGGGGGGUCUAUAAGUGGAGAUUCUAGCUGUCGAACUCUUCCCCUGAAAUGGAGGGGAGGGGGCUGACCAUCCUAGAGUUGAGAAUAGGGGUAAUCUGGGAGAGAACUCCAAAAAAUGACAAGUUUAGAUAUUGCCCUCAAGGUGGUGAUACCAGUAUCUUUACUCAGGACUUCCUGGGGUCAGCAUAUCUGUUUCUUCACAAAGUCCUCUCCUGACAUCCCAUGGAAGAGGGGGUCAGGGAAGCAAUGUCACCAGUAUCCCAUUAUCUAUUGCCCUUAGUAGCUCACCAGCUUAUCUUAGCCACAGUUCCUAGUCUCCUCAUAGCCUGAUCAGACACUGACAGCAGUUUUAAUUUUGCUUCCACAAAUUUAAUAAGCGGUCACCAAGAGUGGCAAGAAAAGGAAGAAAGCCCUGAGUUGGGAGGGACCAGGAUGCCUGACCGGGACAGCUAUGCCAACGGCGCUGGCAGCAGCAGUGGAGGCCCUGGAGGCGGUGGCGGCGAGGAGGCCAGUGGGACAGGGGCAGGUGGUGGCGGGGCCAGCUCAGAUGCCAUCUGUAGAGACUUCCUGAGGAACGUGUGCAAGCGAGGGAAGCGCUGCCGCUAUCGCCACCCAGACAUGAGUGAGGUGUCCAACUUGGGGGUAAGCAAAAACGAGUUCAUCUUCUGCCAUGACUUCCAGAACAAGGAGUGUAGCCGCCCUAACUGCCGAUUCAUCCAUGGCUCCAAGGAGGACGAGGAUGGCUAUAAAAAGACAGGAGAGCUGCCCCCCAGGCUGAGGCAGAAAGUGGCAGCCGGCCUAGGCCUGUCACCAGCGGACCUCCCAAAUGGGAAGGAGGAGGUCCCCAUCUGCCGUGACUUUCUCAAGGGUGACUGCCAGAGAGGAGCCAAGUGCAAGUUCCGUCACCUGCAGCGGGAUUUUGAGUUUGAUGCUCGGGGUGGAGGCGGCACUGGUGGUGGGGGUUCAACAGGCCCCGUUCCCCCAGGACGGCGUCAUGACCUCUAUGAUAUUUACGACCUCCCUGACAGGGGCUUUGAGGACCAUGAACCAGGCCCCAAGCGCCGGCGAGGCGGCUGCUGCCCCCCAGACGGUCCCCAUUUUGAGUCCUAUGACUACAGCCUGGCUCCACCCCGAGGGGCGGAGUGCAGACUGCUAGAGGAGGAGAAUGCCAUGCUCAGGAAGCGGGUGGAGGAGCUCAAGAAGCAGGUCAGCAACCUGCUGGCGACCAACGAGGUACUGCUGGAGCAAAAUGCUCAGUUCCGCAACCAGGCCAAGGUCAUGACCCUGAGCUCCACUGCACCAGCAACUGAACAGACUCUGGCCCCCACCGUGGGCACUGUCGCCACUUUUAACCACGGCAUUGCCCAGACUCACACUACUCUCAGCAGCCAGGCCCUGCAGCCUCGCCCCGUGUCCCAGCAAGAACUGGUGGCCCCUGCUGGGGCUCCGGCUGCUCCUCCAGCUAAUGCUGCGCCUCCUGCUGCUCCACCACCCCCGCCCCCACACCUGAACCCAGAGAUCACGCCACUGUCGGCUGCUCUGGCUCAGACAAUUGCCCAGGGAAUGGCACCCCCACCUGUCUCCAUGGCUCCUGUGGCUGUAUCUGUGGCUCCUGUGGCCCCCGUGGCCGUAUCGAUGGCCCAGCCCUUGGCAGGAAUCACAAUGAGCCACACCACCACCCCCAUGGUGACUUACCCCAUCGCUUCCCAGAGCAUGCGCAUCACAGCCAUGCCACACUGAUGGGGCUGACGGACACUCCCCCGGUGUAGUCUCCCGGGCUGGGGUCGAGGGGCCUUCACCCACUCGCCUAGCCCUCCAAGGCCCUGUCCUAGGGGCUCACUCAUGAACUAGGAUGAGAGACUGCGAGGAGUUUGCUUCUGAGAAAGGGUUGGGUUGGUGUGUUUUCUCCCACCUACCUUUUAUGAGGGUCCUCUUGUCCGUCUUCUUCAAGCCUCAGAGGGCUUGCAUAGGAGUACAGACGGAGGGCAACAGAUGAAGGACUGACUGAGGGGCUGUGUGUCCUCUGAUGGGAAUUUAGGGGACAUCCUUGGUCUUGUCCUCUUUUCUGCACAGCACAGGUUCCAGCACUGGCUUUGGAAGAAAAAAAUACCCUGCCCAGAGGGGAAGCCAGGAAAGAAUAGGAAGUGGGUGGCCAGGAGAGAAGGCCUGAUAGGAGCCUUCAGACAGUUUGGGGCCUAGUUGAGUUGGAUAAUACAGGAACUGUUUCUGGGCCCGUGGGAAGAUGGGGACCAUAGUACUCCAGCCCAGAGACUAGGGGAGCAUUCAUUACCUUGGCUUGACCUGGACAUCCAGAGGGCAGGGUCAACCACGUUCCAAAGAAAUAAAAAAAAGUUAUUUUUGACAAAGGAGGCAGUGAAAACUUGCUUAGAUAUCCUGUGUGGAAGAUGGGAGCAGUAAAUAGAUGCUAUGCCAAAAUGGAAUAAAGACCCCACUCUCACAGAGCUUGGGUGAGGAUGGAUGAAGGCCAGUGAAGAAGGGUAGGGGCCCAGAGCAAGAUCAGAUGGGGCUUCAGGGAAGGUACUUUAUGGGGUAAAACCAUUGGAGCCACCUCAUCUAGUUUAAAAACAGUCCCAUCCAUUCUGGUUUCUAUCUGCAUGUACUAUUCCCAGGUUGCCUUAGUAACCAGGGCUCCCAGGGUCAUUUAGGGGGGCAGGUACUAAGGAGGGUGGAUGUGCUGGGAAAUGGGAAUGGGAUAUGUGUCAACAGGGCAGGGCAGGUGGCAGUUCCUCUCCGAGUCGUUGACAGCAGCGUCCCUUCUACCGCAUCCUUUUCUCAGUUCCCAGCACCGUAAGCCUUCAAGGCUUAAGAGGUGCUGGGGAAAGGAGAGUUCUUCUGGGGACAUAAGCCACAGGGUUCGUCCCUUACUUCCCUCUGCUUCCACAUAAGACCACAGAGGUUUUAAACCCAGUGAAGAGCCAGUAAGGCCAAGGGUCCCAGUAGCCAAACCUCAGUUCCUCCUCAGCUCAUGGCUGGGGUAGGGGAAAGAACUCAGGGGAACAGUCUAGGGGGACAGUGGACUUGGGGGUAAAGAAAGGGAUCCCAGCACAUCUCGUGCUACCUCUUGCUCUUGUUUGGUGGGUCGUUCAGUAUAUCCUGGGAUUGGAGACGGGCUGAGUCACGGCCAGUCAUUCAUUUUAAAAAGGGGAGGGGGCGCUAAAGACUGAAAUGGGCAAAUACUGAAAUACUGUUUGUGGGUUCUAGAAGCCACACAUUGAUAAGCUUAAUGUUGAUUUUCUGAUAUAAUUCUGGAUUAUUAAAGAGAUGGUUUAUGAGCAUUUA